AUGCGGUAUAAUAACAAUGUAAUAGCUGCUGACGGCAUAUUAUGGUUAAGCGGUGACCAGCGGUCAUGCAGUUUACAGUUAUAUGCAGCAGGAGACCGCCGGACACGCGGCCGCGGCAGAUCUUCAUAUAGGCGGCAGUGCUUUGAUGUACGCCGUCAACGACGCUCGGCCGCGGGCCGGUUCAGUCACCGCGGUGGGGCGCGUUCUGAGAGCGAAAUCACGGCGAUCACCGGUGGGCACGGGUUGCACGGUCCGCCGCGUCGCGUCAACGGGUCCCUGGCCAGCAGACGGACGGCGUCUACCAGCCGUGAAAUAUUAUGA